AUGGCAGCCGACAGUGAGAUCAACGGUGAGCGACCGGAAACCGCAGUAGAUAUCGUUGCGGUGCCAGCUAUCGGUGCAGACCCCAAGAAGACAUGGGUAGAUGGCGAUUCACAGACGCCGUGGCUCACCUCCGAGUUGACGCGAGUCGUUCCAAAUGCGCGUGUGUUGUUGUUCGACCAUGGGCACUUAGACCCCCAGGAUGACCUCGAGUCUCUCGCCCAUAGACUGCUCAAAUGGCUUAUCCAGGAAAGACAGGCAACGAGCCUGAGACGUCCCAUCUUCUUCAUUUGCCAUAGCACCGGCGGCCUCGUCGCCAAAGCGGCACUCACUAUCGCCAGCCAGCUAACCUCCAGGCUUGGAUCGAUUCUGUCCAGCUGUUAUGGCAUCGCUUUCCUGGCCACCCCCCACCACGGCUCAAGUUACCUUUCGUCGCCCGAGUUUACUAGGAGUAUCCAUCAUCUGAUGAGACUGAAGCAUCACAUCUCGCCCGCACUGCGCGAGAUCUUCAGACCAAGACAUCCGUAUCUUCUACAGCUUUCGAAUCUAUUUAAAUCCAUCUCAGCAGAUAUGAAGAUCUGGACCUUCUUGGAGACGGUCGAUUCGACGCUCAGUAUCGCAGACCCUGAGACAGGGAGCACCGUAGACAUGACUGUCCCGAUCACGUCCAUCCGAUCGGGCAUUCUAGAUUUCGAGCACGAGAAAGAGAUUCCAUUAGCUACCGACCAUAUCGGCACUGCAUCUUUCAAGGGCCAGGAGUUCACAACCAGAAUAGGCUUCAUUAACGAACUCCAAUCGUCGGCGUCCAUGGCCAUCAGUCUAUCCAAAAUGACCGAUGCACCGCUCGACGUAGACCAAGAGGUCAUGGUCCAGGUGAAUGGCUUUUUUGAAGACACUGCCCGGGGCAUCAGUGACGAAACGCCGCUGAAGCUCUGGUCUACCAAGACAUCGCUGAAGGAGUAUUUGGCCAACGGGCCGUCGGUGUGUCUGAAGAACCGGCUGAAAAGGACUGUGGGGAUCCCGGCUAGCAUCUAUGAUGAUUCCUCAAUCAGCAGCUUCGAUAGCAGACCGACCUCCGCUCAUGUUCGUCCGUCGCUGGAUGGCAUGGUGCGUCCCCAAAUACCCCAUGCAGUUGAGUCCAGUCCCGCUGCCAUUCCUCAGAGACCUUCGAUGAAACGAAGUCGCAGUUCUCUGGGUCAGACCUCUCCUCGCAUUCAUAUCAGUGAGCCAGUCGGUCAAGAAUACUUUGGGCCACAGAUGGAGCCAAGCCAGGAUACGCGUGAGUCUGUAGCAGCGCAAGAAGACCAGGAUAUGGCUGGAAAUGGUCCCCGUGCGAGUGCCAGUAGCAUAACAGGGAAUCCCCCUCGAUACAAAAGCUUCCUUCCCAUCCCCCUGCCAUCGCGAGAUAAAGCGGACGAAGAGAAAGCCGAAAUGCCCCGCAAAAUGCGAAGAUUCGACCAGCCGGAGGCAGGGAGUGAGAGGCUUCUUUGGAUCCAUGUGCCGUAUACCCACACCGGAUGGGUGCCUGCCGUUCUAUCCAGGGCGUGUAGUGACCAGGAGAGGCAGAAAUUCUCGGAGGACUUCAUGAAUGAGGAACAUUGGUACUCGAACCUCAUCAGAGCCCGCCAUUUGGAACCCCAUGCGCGAUACGUAAGACCGGCCUGUAUUCAUUUCAAGAAUGGGUCGUUGCCUCUCAGUCCGGGAGAGCAGCAUGAUCCUAGACUGGCUUUAUAUCUCCACUGGGAUACCUACCUCAACCUAGUGCAACGGCGAAAAGUCGUCGAAGAAAGACUCCAACAAGGAAGAUUCCGCCCCGUGCCCGGGGAAAUCUCCAAAUCCAGUCUCGAAUCCAAACUGAUCUGGAAGUUCCUGGGAAAUGAGCCCCCCAUUCACAUUCGAAGGACCCUGGACCAGUUCGGCUACCCUAACCUGCGCUCAACCGUCGCCAGAGACGACGACCAGAUGCUCUGGAAGCGGACGAAACGGAUGGUCAACCGCAACGACGAGAUCGGGCCCGGGCCUGGGCCCUCGGUCCAAUCCGCAGACGGAACCGAGGCCAAAACCACCUUCAUGGAUGGAAAGGUCUUGAUGGUGGAUCAGCUUUGGCUGUGGAUUGCUGAUGAUAAGACCGUUGUUACGUUCUUUCCGAACCAGGAGGCCACCACGGCGGAAGGCAAGCUGUACGAGCAGUCGAAUCUCUACAAUAGUAUCUAUAACGAACUGAAUGGGGAUCUGGCGAGGCGCUUCGAGACAGCCGGCGAUCUAGCUUCCUUGAUGGUUCUCCACGCCGUCACGGUCCUCCUCGAUCGAACCCUGCACCGCGAUCUCCAGGUCCUGAGGAUAUUCGAAGAAUCUAUCAGCAUUCUGACCGAAAUCGUCACCAAAUCAUUCAAACGCUUCCGCAACCGCGGCUUCAACACCCGCCCAGCAGACUACAACAAAAACGCGGACGGCAAACCACUAUCCGCCGCGGAGCGCGACGAACGAGACAACCAAGCCGCGCGACGAAACAGGGAGGAUCUGUCCACGCUGCUCGAGCUCAGGGAUAUCGUCGACGAGCUAGGCACGAUUCUCAAGCUGCUCGAGCAGCAAACUACCACUGUGAAGGUCAUGUCGAGCUAUUUUGAACAUAAAGGCUAUGGACAGGUGUUUGUGGGUUCGGCGCUCGCGAGACUCGAUGAGUAUCGCGGGCAGGUGCUGGAGAUGAGGGAGAAUGCGAGUGUGGCGCAGAAGGCUGUGGAGAACCUCCUCGACCUCAAGCAAAAACAAGCUAGUGUUGACGAGUCCCGUCUCGCGCGCUGGGAAGCAGAGGUUACCCAAGAUCAGUCGCGUUCGGUGAUGGUGUUUACUAUCUUUACUAUUAUCUUCCUCCCCCUCUCCUUCUUCACCUCCUUAUUCGGCAUCAACGCGAGAGAAUGGAGCGGUACGCCGCAGAAUCUUACGCUGGGUGAGAUGUUGUAUAUUGCUGGCCCCGCCUCCUUCGCAAUCAUCACCCUCGCCAUCCUAAUCGCCUUCAACGAACGCCUGCGCGAAACCCUCUGGGUAGCGCAGAAGCUCGUCCUCGAUGUUCUGGCUGAUGUGCUGCUUGCGCCGGUUAGGUUGCUGGGAAGGUGGAGAGUGAAGGUGUUGAGAUCGAAAUAUAAAUCGAGGUCUACUGGUUCUGGUUCUGGUUCUGAAUGA